AUGUCUCAAUCUAUCCCCCAGACCGUCCAGCAAUGGAUCAUCCCCUCUCGGGAUGCCAAGGACUUCAGCGGCAUGAAGUUCACAGAGGCUCCUACUCCUGAACUCGGUGAUGGCCAAGUCCUCGUCAAACUCCAGGGUGCUUCCCUCAACUACCGUGAUCUGAUCCUCCCUAUCGGACGCUACCCCUUCCCCGCCAAGGACGGCGUCGUCCCCGGUUCUGACGGUGCCGGUACCGUCCUCGCCGUCGGCAAGAACGUCACCCGCUUCCAGCCCGGCGACAAGGUCGUCACCCUCUUCAACCAGGGCCACAUUGGCGGCUCUCUCGACAACCUCAGCGUCCAGACCGGUCUCGGUGGUGUCAUUGACGGUACCUUCCGCUCCGUCGGUGCUUUUGACGAACAAGGUCUCGUCCCCAUGCCCAAGGGUCUCGAGUUCCACGAGGCUGCCACUCUCACCUGCGCCGGUCUGACCGCCUGGAACGGUCUCUACGGUCUCGAGGGCAAGAAGCUUCUUCCUGGCCAGUGGGUUCUCACCCAGGGAACCGGUGGUGUUUCCAUCUUUGCUGUUCAGUUCGCCAAGGCUGCCGGUGCCAAGGUCAUUGCUACCACUAGCUCCAGCGAAAAGGCCAAGCUCCUCGAGAAGCUCGGUGCCGACCACAUCAUCAACUACAAGGAGACUCCUGAGUGGGGAGCCAAGGCCAAGGAGCUCACUGGCGGUGCUGGUGUUGACCACGUUAUCGAGGUUGCCGGUCCUUCUUCCAUGAAGCAGUCCCUCAACGCUGUCAAGAUUGACGGCGUUAUCUCUAUUAUUGGAUUCGUCGGCGGUACCGGCCAGAACGACCCUGGUUUCCUCGACUGUCUGUCCAACCUCUGCACAACCCGAGGUCUUCUUGUCGGAAGCCGAACCCAGAUGGAGGACAUGUGCCGCGCUGUCGAGGCCAACAUUGAGAAGCUCCGUCCCGUUGUCGACCCCAAGGUCUUUAGCCUGGAGCAGCUCCGUGAGGCUUACGAGUACCAGUGGUCUGGUCAGCACCAGGGCAAGGUCUGUGUCAAGAUUGAGUAA